UUUUUAAUUCUUUUCAGUUAGACCAAGGAAAUAAGAUGGCUGCCACUUGUAGGAUUGUUUCGUUGCGAUAUUCUUCAGUAUCCAAAUCAAGGCUAUUUGUAUCACAGAUGACAAAUCAUUAUAUUAAGAACAGUUCCCUAAAACAACACUAUAAAUUUAUGUCAAAUGACAAUUUGCUAGAUACAAAAAUAACAUCAUCUGAUACUGCAGAAAGUCUUUUGCACAUUGUUCAAGAAAACAAACUAUCAGGUAAUCAAGCAUCACUGUCAUUAACGAAGAUGACACAGCUCCUGAAUGUCACACGGGUUGACCAUUUCACAAGAGAUCAAAGUUUUCAAAAGCUAUGUACACAGAUAGCAAGAGAAAAAUACAAUAUAUCUACUGAAAGCUUAGUUCUUUCCCUUAUAAAUGUAUGUCGGAUACAAACAGAGCCAUUUAGCCCGUUGAUUUUGAUCCUCGAACCAGAGUGCAGAAGGCGUCUUCGUGCGAUGCAGAUUCGCCACCUUAUUUUCCUCAUCGCGAACCACAGUGUUCUGCUGGCAAUAAAAUCUGACAGCGUGAACAAAUUGGUAAAGGAAGCUGCGGCAGUGUUGGAAUUUCGCCUCAAGGAUGUAUUUGAAGUUAAAAAUCUGACCCAACUGUUAAUGCAUUCUUCAGCAGUAUCACAAAGUCUGCCUAAACAAUUACAAAAUCACAUGAUCUCGCUAAUGGAUUAUUUUAGCUUCACUGAUUUAACCCAAUUCUGCAAGUCCAUGUUAGCCGGACAUUUUCCAACAGGAAUCUUACUAAGGACGAUGUCAAUUAAAAUGGCAGCUAGCACAGAGGAGUGGACAGUUGAAAAGAUCCUAGAUGUCUUGAAAUGUUUUUCAGGAAUGGGUUUUAAUAACAGAAAUUUGAUGAUUGCUUUUAGUAGUUUUCUACAGACUGAAAUAAAAAACCGCUCUCUUACUGAUGUUUUAGACAUAGCACAAGUAUAUUCCUCGCUGAGAGUUGCCAGCACUGAGCUAUUUGCCGAAGUCGAAAAGUACGUAGGGAAGAAAAUUGAAAGUGUUACGUUCCGGGACUUGCGUAGUAUAUUGCAUGCGUUCUUUGUGUUGCGAUAUGUUGCAAGUGAUGAGUUUGCUGAAGCAGUUACUAACCAGCUGUUGUCUGAAUGGUUAAAUUUAAAACCAUACUUACAGUUGGAGCUGACCUGGUGCAUGAUGGGGUUGGAUAUAUUACCACUAUUCCUCUUGGAGAAAGUUCUUCGACUUAAUACAGAUGAUUUUAAUCCAGUACUUGCCACUAAGCAUCAGCACCUCAUUAACUAUGCAGGGACAGAAACUUCCACCACUGAUUUGAGUCACUUAAAGAGUGCAGUGAACAAGGAUGUAAAACUACGUCCUCUACAAGAAUCUGUGAAGAUCGUUCUUGAGAAUGUAGUUGGAGAAAAAAAUUUAUCAACAAAUGUCUUAACCCCUAUAGGUCAUUCAAUAGAAUUUCAGUUAUUACUUGAUUCUCAGAGGAGACCCAUAGAUGUCCAAAGUGAUGAACACAAAGUCCACACAAGGUUGGCCAUUCUGGUUCAUGGACCGACAAGUUACUUGUAUGCCAGUGAAAGGUUUGUGGGACCAGUCGUUUUGAGGAGGAAACAGUUAAAAGCUGCUGGGUACAAAUUAACUGAGGUUGGUUAUCGUGAAUGGAAUGCUAUGCAAUCAGAAGAUGAAAAGAAACAGUUUAUUCGAAAGAAGCUUGAAAAUGUUAGCAAAUACCAAAUAAGUAUUCAAACCUAAACCUCCAUAAGGCGAAAAAAAACUCAUCUUUGUGUUUCCCAU